AUGGUCUCCAAGGACAAUUCCGCUUCUGCUGAAGCUGGUGGCGGAUGGACGCCGUCGGAUUUGGAGAACGAAGACGAAUUCGAGAUGCUUAGGAACAUUAAGAGGCAAUUAGCUUCAUCGUCGAUGGAUGUGGAUUUGUGCGGUAAUCAUCCUCCCAUGGGGUUAUCUGAUUCGGAGAACGAAGACGACUUCGAGAUGCUUCGGACCAUUAAGAGCCAAUUACCCUCGUGUUUAUCAGUACCCUCGGAUUCGGAGAAUGAGGACGAUUUCGAGAUGCUUCGUAGAAUUAAGAGCCAAUUGACAUUGGCGAUGGAAGAAGACGAAGAUGGUGCGUUUGAAACCCUUCGUAGGCCAUUCUCUGCUUAUAAAAAAAUUGAUCUGGAAGGAAAUUUCAUGAAUGGUUCGGAAAAGGAGGUAGAUGCCUCGGACAAGCGCGAAGUAUUGAGUAGAGUAGAAGCUGGCCAUUUACAUGAAAAUACUUCCAUUGAGCCUCCUGACCUUUUGGAAACAUCUUUUGCCUCAGCUGCGAGUUCAAGUUUCCCUGAAUCUGCACAAGCCUUUGUUGAUACAGUACGGAGGAACAGGUCAUAUCAGGUUUUUCUUCGAAGAAAAUUGGGCGAAAUUGAAGCAACAAUUAAGCAGAACGAGAAACACAAGAAGAAUGUUAUGAUUGUGAAAGAUUUUCAAGCUUCUUGCAAGAGGAUAACUAAGCAGGCACUAUCUCAGAGUAAAGAUCCUCGUAUCGAAUUAAUCUCAGCACGAGAAUCUGGGCCUCCUGAUAGCUCUAAGGAUAAUGGUAAAAAGACAUCUCCUUUGACAUUGGGUCCACCGGAAAAUCAUUGUGUUGCAGAUUAUAGGAUGGCACAAGAGCAAUAUUCAGUUUCAUUAGUUCGCACAAAGUGGUCUACUAAGGAGAACGAAAAUCUUGCAAAAGGUCUCAAACAGCAAUUUCAAGAAACACUCAUUCUUGAAGCUACUGAACGUUACAGUGACUUGGAAGGAUCUACAGAUGAUAUAAACACCAUUCUUGAAUCGGUAAGAAAUCUUGAGAUCACACCAGAAAUGAUUCGGCAGUUUCUUCCGAAAGUUAAUUGGGAUCAAUUGGAUAUCAAGAACCGUUCUGCUGCAGAAUGUAAAUCCCGCUGGAUGAGCUCAGAAGAUCCAUUGAUCAACCACGCUUCGUACUGGACUGCAGCAGAGGACGAUCACAUACGCUUAAUUAACAAAAACAAGAGUUUUACAGACUGGCUUGACGUCGCAGUAUCACUAGGGACAAAUAGGACCCCAUUCCAAUGUUUGGCUCGAUAUCAGAGAAGCUUGAAUAAAAACAUAUUGAAUAGCAAGUGGACUGCAGAGGAAGAUGACCAACUCCGUGAUGCAGUAAACUUGUUUGGCGAGAACGACUGGCAAUCUGUUGCGAGUGUACUAAAAGGAAGAAUUGGAUCUCAGUGCUCCAAUAGAUGGAAGAAGUCGCUUCACCCUACCAUAGAAAUGAAAGGGAGUUGGAGUUCAGAGGAAGAAGAACGUUUGAAGAUAGCUUUUACACUCAUUGGACCUAAAAAGGUGGGUGUUCAGUGCUCAACGAAAUGGGAAACGUUGGAUCCCAAUGUAAAACGUGGGAAAUGGACCGAGGAAGAGGUUGCAAAGUUGAGUGAAGCAGUCAAAGAACACGGAAGUAAGUGGGCCGAAGUCGCUUCACAUAUGUCUGGUCGUAGUCGCAUUCAGUGCUCGAGGAAAUGGAAGGGCUUAAAUCCUCACCUAGUGGCUCUUAAAAGAGAAGCUAGUAGGUUACAAAGAGAAGCUACCGUAUGUAAUUUUGUUGAUCGGGAAUCAGAGCGUCCUGAUCUUGUCGCAGGCGAUUUUUUGCCACUAGCUGAGAUAUCUCUUGAGCCAGAACCCGCCCUGAAGAAGAAACGCAAAGCAAGACAAGAGAAUGAGACUGAAGACAAUGUAAAGGAGAAGAAACAAAGACGAAAUCGAACUAGUGUUGCGGGAACAUCACAUAACAGCUCUGUGACCACCAACUGCCCUCGAGUCAAUAGGAGGAAGGUUUCUGCACUAGUUCCUGUCGAGAAACAAGAUGCUCCAAAUUAG